GAUCACGUCAUCUUUCAAGCCUAUCUUGUUGUCCUGCAGGUGUUGAGGUCAGAGCCUCUCAAUCCCAUUGGAGAUGUUAUUACAAAUCUUACUUGAGAGAACAUGUCAUUUGGCUUUGUGAAUGCUGUGAAUUUUGAUGAGUCUAAAAUUUGUUCAGUAUUUGUAAGCUAGGAUAUUAUGUUUCAGGAUUGUCCCAGAUUACUUGGUGUAUGUUUAUAUAAGCCUGAAAUACUGACUGCAAGAUAUGGGCUGGCAAACAGCCAGUAUCUUUUGAAGUACUUGACUAAGGUGUGCAUCUCUGAAUUCACUGGAAAGCUUAAGGAAGUAAAUGGUGGGGGGUGUGGUGGCAAGAUGUGUCUGCUACUGCUGAAGAGUCAUGAGGGGCUUGAUGUACCUCUGAACCAUAAGCCAGAAGGCUCAAAUAAACUUCAGACUUGGAAUUAUUGAACUCCAUGUUCUGGUAUGUUUUGACUACGACUGAAAAUCAUCUUGGUCUUCUCUAUCCAUGAUGACAUCCCUAAUCUGUGCUACCUCAUUUGUAGAGAAAAGCUGUAUUUUGUGAUGUUAACAGUUGAUUGUAUUAUGCUAGAAGGGAAGUGCAGAAUGUUAUGUUUCUCUUCUUCCAAGUGCCUUUAGAGGCUGUUUUUUGUCACUUCCCAAAGUGAUUCUUCUAGAAUGAGAAGAGGAGAGCUUGCAGACUGUAUUUCAGGAUGUCCAUUACCUCCUGCCACUCCUUCAGGUGUCCAUGAGGAACAUGGAGAUGUUUACAGGCUAUGUUAGAACAGAGAGUACAAUUUUUCUUUUCCAUUCAGCAUGCACAUUACUGUGCUUGAGGCCUUUGUUGCCUUUCUUGUGGGUGCAUGAGGGAAGGUAAGCAGUUCUCUGAAACUGCAAGAUUCCUGGUUUCAAGAGGAAAACUUUAUCUCCUAGCAAGGGAACCAAGGUUGCAUAUAACCACCAGGCUAUUGAUCUUGUCGCUGCCCUGGAAGACUUGCAGAUAGCCUGUUUUAUUGUGGGGUUGACUGAUGGGCAGGGUUUUUUGAAUCAGACUUAGGCAGGCAGGUCAGUUGGGCUUAGGACUCAGAGUACCGCUGCUGUGCAGUCACCAUCUCCUUGGGGAGCCUCCAGAAGCUGUGGAAAGAGAUUUCAACUUUCCUAAGACAAAAAUUCUGCAAGUAUGACCUCAUCUCAAGUGACUUUUGAAGUGAGAGGACCAUCAGUACCAGGGGAGGUUUUUGCAAUAUGUGGGAGCUGCAGUGCUUUAGGAAGUUGGAAUCCACAAGCUGCAGUGGUCCUCCAGACUGAUGACUGUGAAUUAUGGAAAGCUACCAUAGAGCUUCCUAGAGGAGUUCCUGUUAAGUAUCGAUAUUUUAAAGGGUACUUCUUAGAACCUAAGACUAUCGAUGGUCCCUGCGAAGUCAUAGUUCACACGUGGGAGACUCAUCUACAACCACGAUCAAUUACCCCUUUAGAAAAUGAAAUGACCAUUGACGAUGGAUACUUCGGAAUUCAUAAUGGCAUUGAAACAGUGGAUGCCGGGUGGCUGACCUGUCAAGCAGAAAUACGGUUACGUCUGCAUUAUUCUGAAAAGUCCCCUGUAAUGAUAUCAAAGAAGAAAUUCAAAACAUCGAGGUUUAGAGUGAAGUUGACUCUGGAAGGCCUGGAAAAAGAUGAUGAUGAUGAAGAGGGUCAAGAAAAAACAUCUCCUACUGUUCCUCAGAAGAUGGCAAACACUGUGGAGUUCUCCUUAAUAAGCAACAAUGAGUAUAAAUGCCGACACUCUCAGCCAGACUGUGGUUAUGCUUUGCAGUCAGAUCGAUGGCUAGAAUACACCAUACAAACCAUGGAGCCUGAUAACUUGGAAUUAAUCUUUGAUUUUUUUGAGGAAGAUUUAAGUGAGAAAGUAGUGCAAGAUGAUGAGCACCCAGGUCAUGUAGGUUCUGCCUGCCUCCUCUCAUCCACAAUUGCAGAAUCUGGAAAGAGUGCUGGAAUUCUUACACUUGCCAUUAUGGGCAGGAAUCCACGGAAGACUAUUGGAAAAGUCAGAGUGGACUACAUAAUAAUUAAGCCGAUCCAGGGAUACACUUGUGAUAUGAAGGCCUCAUAUGCAAAAUACUGGAAACCAAGAACAACUCUCGAUGUUGGACACAGGGGAGCUGGAAACUCUACAACAACAGCUAAACUUGCUAAGGUUCAAGAGAACACUAUAGCUUCUCUGAGGAAUGCUGCUAGUCAUGGAGCAGCCUAUGUGGAAUUUGAUGUACAUCUUUCUAAAGAUCAUGUACCCAUUGUAUACCACGAUCUCACUUGUUGCAUGGCCAUGAAAAAGAAACUGGAUACAGAGCCUUUGGAGUUGUUUGAGAUUGCAGUUAAAGAGCUCACAUUUGAUCAGCUGCAGUUGUUGAAGCUGGCUCAUGUGACUGCCUUGAAAGUAAAAGAUCACAAUGCAUCCUUUAAAGAAGAAGAAAACUCUGCUUAUGAGACUCAGCCGUUUCCUUCUCUACAGAGAGUUCUAGAGUCAGUUUCGGAAGAUGUUGGGUUCAACAUAGAAAUAAAAUGGAUCUGCCAACAAAAGGAUGGACAGUGGGAUGGCAACUUGUCAACUUAUUUUGAUAUGAACCUCUUUUUAGAUAUUAUUCUGAAAACUGUUCUGAUGAAUGCUGGGAGGAGGAGAAUUGUUUUUUCUUCUUUUAAUGCAGAUAUUUGCACAAUGGUUCGACACAAACAAAAUAAGUAUCCCGUGUUAUUUCUCACCCAAGGAGAAUCUAAACUCUAUCCUGAACUCAUGGAUCUUAGAUCUCGUACAACUCCAAUUGCCAUUACUUUUGCACAAUUUGAAAACUUGCUGGGAGUCAACGUGCACUCUGAAGACCUGCUGAGGAAUCCAUCGUAUAUUAAACGAGCCAUAUCUAAAGGCUUAGUUAUUUUCUCAUGGGGUGAUGAUGCAAAUGAUCCAGAUAACAGGAAGAAGCUGAGAGAAUAUGGUGUUCAUGGGCUAAUAUAUGACAGGAUAUACGACUCAAAUCCUGAACAACCAAAUAUAUUCCAGGUAGAGCAACUGGAACGUCUAAAGAAGGAAUUACCAGAGUUGAAAAGCUGCGUGUGUCCCACUGUUAGCCACUUUAAGUCCAUAUCUCCAUGUAAAUGUCAUCAUAGUUGCUUGGAAGAAAAGGUUGUAGAUAACUUGCAGAGCGUUCAAAUGCAAAAGGACUGACUCUAGGCAGAAUGCUGGUUUGUAUCUGUUUAAUUGUGACCAUUGAAACAGUGCUAUCCAUGCCUUCGUGUUUGUUUAUUUUAAGUUUCCCAAACAGCAAUAACUGCUUUCCUCCCUUCUGACAGUACUUGUUCAAGUUCCAAACAAGAUUCAAGUAUUGAGCCAACUGUAGCUGUUGUUCCAGUUUAGUAGUUUUAACUUUCUCAUAAUCGAGUCUCAAAUUUUGAAAACAAAAUUAACACUAAGUGUAUUUUAGAAAUAAGCACUCUGAGGAGUGGAAUCUCAAAAACAUUGUAGAGAAAUUACAAUGAUCUGGUAAUGAAAGUGCUUAAAAAAAUAUAUUGAUUUGACUUAAAUUUUACUUGAAUAGCACAGCUUGUUAGCCUGUACCUGACAACAGGAAAUGAAGAGUGGUUGUAAGGCACAUAUAAUUAGAACUGGCCUGAAUAAAUUGGUACCUCAUAUAUAUAUAUAUAUAUACAUAUAUAUUGUAUGUAUUUGCACUGAGACAUCAAUGUGUACAAAGCUUUGUGCCAUUUCAAAAACAUCUGUGUAUUUUCUUUAAGUAAAUUGCAAUUUGUGUGAACUCAUUUCCUCCCCCUCCAGUGGACAUUCAGGCUGCUGCCACUGUUUCCUGAUUUGCCAACCGAGUGGUACAGUGUCUGUGUGGAGCAGUGAGGGGUGAACCACUAGAGUGACAUCUUUCAUUUAUCUCACACAAACCUGCUGAACUUUUUAGGAAUUUGCUUAGAAUUUUAACAGAAUUACAGAAAUACCUUCAGUGGUUGAUAAUCUUUUGCACAGUAACCUUAAUAAACAAAAUACGUACGAAUGCACAAACUCUACAAAAUGCAUGCUUUAGUUAUAAGCAUGGGAUUUAGGUGUUUGAAGUCCUUGCAUCUUUACGGUGCUAGUUAUGUGUGAAGGGUGCAAGGACUCGCUGAACUACUUCAUUUUUUUUUUUUUUGCCUAAAACCACAAGCCUGUUAUUCACAAACAUUUGGAGGAGGAAAAAGAAGCUAUACCAUACAUGGUUUGUCUUUUUCAUAUAAUAUAAGCCACUAGCUUUUGUAUUUUGCAAUAUUUGAUUUAUUAUUACUGGGUUUUUUUGUUUUGUUUUUUAGAGCAAGAAUCACAAAUGUUCUGAAUUCAGAUAAUCUGUAUGCUGUUGGCUGAUACCUAUCCCUUGUAAUUUAUUACCAACUCAUAGUUUAGAAUUCUUAGUAGAGAUAUACAUGCAUGUCCUUUUUCCUUCUCGAGUUGCAGGUCAUGCCAACACAACAGCUGUAACUUUCUACUGAAGUGUUAAUGUAUAGUAAGAAUGGAAAAUAUUUAUUUUUUUCUCUUGUAAAUUGACAAUGAAAACAAUAGUGUGUACUAUAUCUUUAUAUACAGUCAUUGCAACAUAGAACUGAUUGUACAGAGUAAAGCCAUUGCAAAUACAUGCUUGAGUUCACACCUCUGAGCAGUUUGAAACAGCUCGUUUCAAUUUGCCUUGUGUAUUUUAGUAUUUAAAGUUUGUCUUGCACAAACAGCACAGUAAUGACUAGAAACUUGGAAGCUGUCUUUUGUAUAUUAAAAAAUAAAUUAAAUCUACCUUCAGAA